CUCCCUCUCUCACACUUAAUCAUCUGGCAUAACCAUGUGGACUCGGGCUAGCGCACUGCUGCUCCUCGCCUGCUGCCUCUGGGCAGUGGAGGGUCAGAACGAGAACGGCAAUGGCAACACGAGGGCAGGCAAUGGUGGUGGUGCUGCCGCCACUGCUACUGCAGAGAACAGGAAGGGUGUCUGGGAGGACCCCAUCCAGUUCAACAACAAGGCAAAGGACUUGUGCACCAUGAGCGUCACCGGCCAGGGAGAUGUCACCAAGCUGAGGAUAUCGUGCCAGGGUGCCGAGAGAACCUACUGGUGCGAGUACACGGGCAAGCCCCAGAUGUGCCGUGCCUACAACAACAACCCUCGCCAUUAUUUCACCCAGAUCAUGUGGGACCUGAGGAAACUCCAGAACGCCUGCCAGGCACCCAAGGCUAUCAAGCCUCAGAUGUGCAAGAGGGCACCGGAAGACGCCCAGAUGUUGUACUCCGCUUCCUCCACGCCAGAGGCAGCAUCAGCAGCCACCCCCCAAAAGCCGGAGAAAGCCCAGGAGCCAACCCAGGCGAAACCAGAGACUCCCAAGGCACCGAUCGUCAAGCAGGCCAAGCCAGCCGCAACCAAGCCUGAGCAGCCAAGACCAGAGCAGGUAAGACCUGAGCCAGCAAAACCAGAAGCAAGACCAGCACCUACAAAGCCAGUGCAAUCCAGACCUGUGCAGGCAAAACCGGAGCAGGCAAGACCAGCAGCUGCAAAACCAGCAGGAGCAAAACCAGCAGGAGCAAAACCAGCAGUGAACAAGACAGCAGUACUGAAGAAGCUUCUGACACCCAGACCAACCACUCCAAAACCAACCAAGCCCACUGUCAAGGGCAAUGCCAAAAAGAUUGCACAGGAGUAUUGUUGGCAGUCACUUCAAGGCAUCUGUUCCUAUGUCAUUGGUUGGUUUCAGAACUAAUAAUGAAGAUUUAGAUUCCCCUGUGAAGAUGAUUUCAAAGGUCUGACUAAAGAGGUGCUCAGAGUGGUUUUCCAAAUGAGGAUUUUGCUAAUAACUGUCACAGAAGAGAGUUUGAACACCCUCUCCAUGGGAAUGAUCGUGCUGACAUUUCUGUCAAUCAAACAUCUUUCCUGCCAGCCAUUUUACCAUGAGUUGUGAAUGUUCCAUUGAGACCAAUACCAAUCCAAAAUGUUUGGUGAAAUUGUAAUUCCAAGGGUCACAAUAACAACUGAACGCAUCCAUACCUGAAUGUGUGGAUCGGGUAUGGACAGAUAGUUAAAUCCAUCAUCUUUCACACGGUUUUGACAAAAUGAGUACCAUGGUUUUUGUGUCAGAAAGCACUCUACACAUUUCGACAAACCUAUGGUACCCUAUAAUGUACACUCCUAAG